AUGCACUGUUUUAAAGCUCUGCGGCUGUCGACCUCUGCGCACCUCUUCGUCAAAAACACAGACGCUCUGAAGAAAGUUUUCAUCAUCCAGCCGGCAUGUUGUCACUGCACGAAGUCAACGUCGUCGUCCCAGCAACGAGCUGCGACGCACCUGGAUCAUGUCCCUGUCAAAAUGAAUGUAAACUCAAAGCCCCCCAGCUCUGGAGUGGAGGACAUGCUCUUCUACACAAUCACAGAGGGAAAAGAUCAAGUGCCUCUGUCAUACUUUACAUCAGCCCUGAAGAGAACUGGCCUUCACCCAUCUGACCCUCGUCUAAAGGACUGCAUGGAGAAGCUUCAAAAGGCUGUGAAUGAAUCAGAUGGUGAGGUGAUGAUGGACAGAGACCUUUUCCACAGGUGUGUUGGUGGAAAUGUCAUCCUGCUGAUCCAGGCCUUCAGAAAGAAAUUCAUUAUCCCUGAGUUUGAUGUGUUUGCACAGAAAAUAAAUGAAAUCUACCACACUGUGCAAAGCCACAGUGAUGGGAAGGUUGCAGACUACAUCCCCCAGCUGGCCAAGUUUAGCCCAAGACUGUGGGGCGUGUCUCUGUGUACAGUGGACGGCCAGAGACACUCAGUGGGCGACACCAAGCAGCCGUUCUGCCUGCAGUCGUGUGUGAAGCCGCUGCAGUACGCCAUCGCCGCCCACGAAGCGGGGACAGAACAAGUUCAUCGCUAUGUCGGCAUGGAGCCCAGUGGAUUCAAGUUCAACAUGCUCUCACUGGAUGAUGAAGAUAAGCCCCACAACCCCAUGGUGAACGCUGGAGCCAUAGUGAUCAGCUCUCUUAUCAAGCCUCUUUCAAAUAAGGCCGAGAAGUUUGACUAUGUUAUGGACUUUGUGAAAAAGAUGGCGGGUCAGGAGUUUGUGGGAUUCAGCAAUGCCAUGUUUCAGUCAGAAAAAGAAACCGGCAACAGAAACUUUGCCAUCGGAUACUACAUGAAAGAGAAGAAGUGUUUCCCCCCGGGUGUUGAAAUGAUCGAUGCCCUGGACUUCUACUUCCAGCUUUGCUCCAUCGAGGUGACCUGCGAGUCAGGGAGCAUCAUGGCUGCCACUCUGGCCAACGGAGGGAUCUGUCCAAUCACAGGCGAGCGUGUGCUGAGCGCUGAGGCAGUGCGAAAUACCUUGAGUCUGAUGCACUCAUGUGGCAUGUAUGACUUCUCUGGACAGAUGGCUUUUCAUGUGGGCUUGCCGGCUAAAUCCGGGGUGUCCGGUGCAAUACUGCUGGUGAUCCCCAACGUCAUGGGAGUGAUGUGUUGGUCUCCUCCGCUGGACAGAGUCGGAAACAGUGUCAGAGGAAUACAUUUCUGUCAGGAGCUUGUAUCGCUCUUCAAUUUCCACAACUACGACAACUUGAGGCACUUUGUGAAGAAGCAGGACCCUCGCAAACAGGAUGGAGAGGAGAGGAACAAGUCUGUUGUCAAUUUGAUGUUUGCAGCCUACAGUGGAGACGUGUCUGCUCUGAGAAGGUUUGCUCUCUCAUCCAUGGACAUGGACCUGAAAGACUAUGAUUCUCGAACAGCGCUGCAUAUCGCUGCAGCAGAGGGUCACGUGGAUGUGAUGAAGUUUCUUACUGAAACCUGCAAAGUUGAUCCGUUUGUUAAAGACAGGUGGGGGAACCUUCCCAUCGAUGACGCCCUGCAGUUUGGUCAUGACGAGGUGGUGAAGGUGCUGAAAGACUACCAGCAGACCUUCAGUCAGCAGGAAAUACAGCGCACUGAGGCUGAGCAUACCCCGAAGCUGGACACCAUCGAGGGAAUGGUGUGAUGUCUUUUUUUUUUUUUUUAAUAGAAUAGAAUAGAGUCCUCAAACUGUAACACUUCAGGGCAUUUGUGCAAUCUGUCAUGUUUGAAAUGUGAGGGUCCAUUUGUAGCACGUAACAGAGCAGAAUAUGACUUGUAAAGCAUUAAAUAAGUAUGCAAACUGCAGUAAUGGAUACCAUUCAUCUGUGAAUUCAGUAUUAUAUUUAAAUACGAUGUUAAGACAGCAGUAACUUACAAAAUGUCAAUACAUCAAACCAAACCAAACCAAGAGAUUCUGUUAUAAAAUCUGCUGCUUAAAUAAUCAGACACAUGGGGGCGCCAGAUAGCCUAGCAGUUAUGUUGUGUGCCGCAUGUGCAGAGGGUGUAGACCUUGUUGCAGCAUCCAUGGGUUCAAAUCUGACCUGGGCUCUUUACUGCAUGUCAUCCCCCACUCUGUCUUGGCAGCAUUUCCUGUCUCUCUUCAGCUGUCCUUUUAAUGAAGGCAACAAAAAAGAAAGCUAAAAAAAAAAUGAAACAAGAAACAAUUUAAAGAAGAUCUGCUGGAGAACAUCAUUACUCUGGACAAAAUGUUCCCUUUUCAAGAUUAAGGCAGGUUCUUAUGUAGCAAAGGCUCUCAGCAUAUUUUUUUAAAGGGAUUUGAAAAAAACUCCUCUGGUAAAAAGAGGUGUGUUAUGAACAGUAUAUAUUUACCUCUGUCUGUUAUUAUCACUCUAUCGUGCCUUGUUGAAACAUUUUUGAAGAUGUUAAAUUAACUGAAAUGUUUGCAUACCAUAUCCCAGAUCAUUUUGAAUGUAAAAAAAAUGGAAAUAACGUUAUAUACAGCCAUGAAACAAAAUGUUUGGUAUGUUGUAUAUAUGAUGUUCUUUAGCUGUAAAUAAGGACCUUUGAUUCCCAAUAACGGAUAAAUAUGAUUAUACGCUAUGUCACGAAAACAAGGGAUGUAUUUUUUUAAAAUAUUUUGACUUG